GUAGGCUCAUAUCAUUCUUAUCCUUCAAUACUCCAACAUAUCCUAGACAAGGAAGAACAAGAUGUGUGACGAGGAUGUUGCUGCUCUUGUUGUAGACAAUGGAUCCGGAAUGUGUAAAGCUGGAUUUGCUGGAGAUGAUGCUCCUAGAGCUGUUUUUCCAUCCAUCGUUGGCCGUCCCCGUCACCAGGGUGUCAUGGUCGGUAUGGGACAGAAGGAUGCUUAUGUUGGAGAUGAGGCUCAGAGUAAGAGAGGUAUCCUCACCCUGAAGUACCCCGUUGAGCACGGAAUCAUCACCAACUGGGAUGAUAUGGAGAAGAUCUGGCAUCAUACCUUCUACAACGAGCUCCGUGUUGCCCCUGAGGAGCAACCCGUCCUUCUAACUGAGGCUCCACUCAACCCUAAGGCUAACAGAGAGAAGAUGACCCAGAUUAUGUUUGAAACCUUCAACAUGCCCGCCAUGUAUGUUGCUAUCCAGGCUGUUCUAUCCCUCUAUGCUUCUGGUCGUACUACUGGUCUUGUCAUGGACUCCGGAGAUGGUGUCUCUCACUGCGUCCCCGUCUAUGAAGGAUACGCUCUCCCCCAUGCUAUCCUUCGUCUGGAUCUGGCUGGUCGUGAACUCACCAACUACCUCAUGAAGAUCCUGACUGAGAGAGGAUACUCCUUCACCACCACAGCUGAGAGGGAGAUUGUCAGGGACAUCAAGGAGAAGCUCUGCUAUGUUGCUCUGGACUUUGAGCAGGAGAUGUCUACUGCUGCUGCCUCCACCUCCCUGGAGAAGUCCUACGAGCUUCCCGACGGUCAGGUCAUCACCAUCGGUAAUGAGAGGUUUAGGUGCCCUGAGGCCCUCUUCCAACCUUCCUUCCUUGGUAUGGAGGCCUGUGGUAUCCAUGAGACCACCUUCAACUCUAUCAUGAAGUGUGAUGUGGAUAUCCGUAAGGACCUGUACGCCAACACCGUCAUGUCCGGUGGUACCACCAUGUACCCCGGUAUUGCUGACAGGAUGCAGAAGGAGAUCACUGCCCUGGCUCCCUCAACCAUCAAGAUUAAGAUCAUUGCUCCCCCUGAGAGGAAGUACUCCGUCUGGAUCGGAGGAUCUAUCCUGGCCUCCCUGUCCACCUUCCAGCAGAUGUGGAUCUCCAAGCAGGAAUAUGAUGAGUGUGGACCAUCCAUUGUUCACCGUAAAUGUUUUUAAAAUGUUUUUUUUACAAAUGCAAGCAGAAAAACAAACCUUACAUUCCAUUAUAAAUAUGAUGUUUAUAUAAAUUGUAUAGAAGUGUUUGAA